AAAGCGUAAACUAUAAAAGAUACCGUCGACUCAAUUUUUACGAUUGGCGAGCGAGAUGCAUUGCAUCAAACUUUAUUCUCCAGUUAUCACGAGGGGAUUCCUUCUUUUAUUUCUUACAAUAGUUCAGUUACACAAAGGUGUUGAGUCGAUAUUCAGUAGGAAAGGACAACAAGAUGUUCUAGAUCAUCAUAAUAAUAUCAGAUCACAAUUGGCGUUUGGAAACUUUGUCACGAAACGUCACACUAAACGAGCGGCAGGUUCAAAUAUUAAAAAAUUUGUGUGGAAUGCCACGCUAGAAAGAUCCGCAUAUUCAUUUGCUCAAAAGAAUCCAUCACAACACUCUUUUAUCCCUGAUAUUGGAGAGAAUUUAUUUUGGCAUUGGUCUACAAGACCUGGAGACUUUAAUAAAUACGGGCCAAUGGCUGCUCUCUCGUGGAUAAAAGAGUUUCGCGAAAAAUUUUGGGAUUCUAAUAUUUUAACGAAUGAUUUGUUUGGAAGCGGUGUUGGACAUGCUACUCAGAUGGUUUGGGCUGACACAUAUCAAAUGGGAUGUGCCGUGAGUCACUUCAAAGAAAUUCACAAAAGAACAGGAAGGCCUAUUACAAAGAUUUGUGUCGUAUGUCAUUAUUGGCCAAAAGGCAAUUAUCUGAAUGAGCCGAUCUAUUUGGAAGGACCUCCAUGUUCAAAGUGCGAGAGCAAGAAAUGUGAUAAGAGAACUGGACUUUGUAUUUGAUUUUUACGAAUUUAAUUAUAUAAAUCCAAAUUAAAACAAUAUCAGGUUGAAAAAUCAAUUUUUUGAAUAACAGUUGUUGAAU